AUGCAACACGCCAUAUUUGCUAGCAUCGUUUUUCACCUUUGUCACUGUCUCAUCAGUCACCCGUUCCUAUUGGCACUGCGAUUACAAAACUUUAAGGUGAAAGCACCACCUAAUUUCUUGUCCAAAACCUAUGAAGCAUGUUGUGAGCACGCCUCCAAGAUCCCGUCUCUGUUGCACCGUGCGCAGAAGGCAGGCUGCCAUGUCGAUGCUUCAGUCUACGCAUACUCGACAUGUGUUGCUGGUAGCAUUCUCUCUGCGAUUAUUCACGGGAGGGAAAGCAUGGGACAGGUUCCAUCGCAACAGCUUUUAGAGUCUGGACGGCACUCGUUGGAAAUCCUAGACAAAAUGGGUCAUUUCUGGGACCACGCUGCCAAAAUGCACACUCAACCCCUCAACAUCAAGUACGGUGGCAAGGGCGAAGUGGUGGUCAGAGACCUAAAAGGUGCCGACAAGAUGGACUCCGGUAUCUACCGUGCCGGCGAGGGUCCUCUCCGAGCUUCAUCGCCGCUAUAG